AGCCGAGACGACGAGGGGGCGUGGCCUUGAGGCCGGGGCGGGACGCGGCGGCCUGAUUGACAACCCGGAGCCGAAAUGGCGGCGGCGGCGGCGGCGGCAUCAGGAGCUGCUGAAGCAACGAGUGCCGCGCCAGCGGAAGAUUCUGAGGCGGCGGCAGUGGUGGCAACGGCAAGCAGUGGUGGGGCGACAGCGGCGGCGGCAGCAGCAGCAGCAGGCACCGUCCCCCCUCCCGCGCCGAGCAUCCCCCGUCCAGCGCGGCUGCCCCUCGCGAGAGUGAGAGCGCUGGUCAAGGCCGACCCAGACGUCAGCCUGGCCAGCCAGGAGGCGGUCUUCAUCUUGGCCCGCGCCGCGGAGUUAUUUGUGGAAACCAUUGCAAAAGAUGCCUAUGUAUACGCACAGCAAGGAAAAAGGAAAACUCUCCAAAGAAAAGACCUAGGACUUUUGUGUUUUCCUGUUGCAGAUAAUGCCAUUGAAGCAAUAGAUGAGUUUGCAUUUUUGGAAGGUACUCUGGACUGAACUGGGCAAAGAAAGAAAAGAACUGAGCAGAGCAUUCAUCACAAGAGAUGUGGAACAAAACACUUUCCAAGAAGAUGAAGGGCCCCAAAGUGCUGGCUGUAUUUCAAAAAGCCCUGAAAUGGAAAUCUGCCCAGCAAUGCUGUGUACCAUAGCGAUUUGUAAAAAGUCUACAUGUUGUUUGUUUCCUGCUUUAAAUAUAUAUACUUUUUCCAUA